AUGCGGCGCCGGCGCUCUCCUGUGGCGGCGCUGUGGCUCGCGGCGGCGUGGGCUCUGCAGCUGCUCGCGGGCGCCGGGGCGGCGAACCCGACGUGGUGCAUCGUGCGCACCGGGGCGCCGGUGAGGACGGUGCAGGCGGCGCUGGACUACGCGUGCAGCCCCGCGGGCGGCGCCGACUGCGCGCCCAUCCAGCCCAGCGCCCUCUGCUACCUCCCCAACACCCUCGCCGCGCACGCCUCCUACGCCUUCAACUCCGUCUACCAGCGCUCCCACGCCGCCCCCGGCGCCUGCGACUUCGCCGGCACCGCCACCGUCACGCUCACCGACCCCAGUUAUGGAUCAUGCACCUUCCCUGCAUCUCCAGGCGCAGCUGGGUCACCCGGUUCAGCCACGUCCGCAUCUCGACCGCCGCCGGGCAACCGCAAGCCUGACCUUGGAUCAGACGACGACGAUUCCGACACCGAUGAGGCUCACGUUGCCACCGCCAAUGCACCCUUGAUGUCUCUUGCCCUCUCCUGUUUCGUGUACCUGCACUUGCGCUGGUGGUGA